AUGUUCAGCCACAAAUUCUUUUUCUUGUUUAUCGGCUUAUCCGUCAACUGGACCGUUAAUGCUUACGGUGGUCAAAACGUGGAUGAACGUCCUCGUUAUCACGUGGACAUUUUGAAAUUGACAGACGAUGGCUACUUGGAACAUCUAUGCAACGGUGCAAUUUUAGACAGGAAUCACAUUAUCACCGUCGCUCAUUGCGUUCACGAACUUGAAUUUGAUCAAGUACGUAUCAGAAGUGGUUCGGAUAUUGCACCACCAGUUAACAUGCCACAUCAUGAGAAACGACUAUUUCAUCGUGUACAGAAAGUCAUGUACCCAGUUAAUUACGUGCCUUUACCAUGCCGUGAUCAUGAACAUGACAUCGCCAUCUUAAAGGUAGACCGUGCUUUUGAUUUAGCUUUUGAUGAGCUUUACAAGCAGGUCAACCUUCCUGAACUAAGCAACGAUUACGAAGGUUACAAUGCCCUUAUCUCCGUACACGUCAACGGUGAGCUUAGUACUUUCGACGCUGAUGUCAUCUCUAACGAGGAAUGUACCAAGAAUGCCACUUCUAUGGUCACCAGAGGAAAUCUCUGUGCCGUCGUUCCAGAAUCUUUUAAUGCUACCAGUGGUGCGCCAUUGGUAUACGAUGACACGCUCAUUGGAUUCAUGAACGCCCCCAGUAAAUGUGACACCCAUCCAUUGAUAAAACGUCAAUUCCCAUGCAUUAAACAAUCUGCUACUUUGAAGAUGUUCACCAGAAUAACCAGUUACCUUGAAUUUAUUUGGAAGGUCAUCAAUGGCGAAGCAUCAGCUGAGAUCACCACCCGCUCGCUAUUUCAUUAA